CUGGCUGCAGCCCAGCUUCUUCUUACCAUCUCUCUUCCUCCACCCAGCCCAGCUCACAGAUCCCUGCCUUGCUCCUUCCAACCUUCGCUGGACCCCAGGGAUGGCUCUGCAAGAUGUGUGCAAGUGGCAGGCCUCCGACACCCAGGAAACCUCCCCUCACCUGCCUCAGGCUGGCGGCUGGGCUGUGCCCCGAGGCUGGGACCCUCAAGCCUUCCUGCAGACUCACGGCCCCAGGCUGGCCCAUGGUACCACCACCCUGGCCUUCCGCUUCCGUCAUGGAGUCAUCGCUGCGGCUGACACACGGUCCUCCUGCGGCAACUACGUGGCGUGUCCAGCCUCACGCAAGGUCAUCCCUGUGCACCAGCAUCUCCUGGGCACCACCUCUGGCACCUCGGCUGACUGCGUCACGUGGUACCGGGUGCUGCAGAGGGAGCUGCGGCUGCGGGCACUGAGGGAGGGUCAGCUGCCCAGCGUGGCUGGUGCUGCCAAACUUUUAUCCGUCAUGAUGUCGCGCUACCGGGGGCUGGAUCUGUGUGUGGCCACGGCCCUGUGUGGCUGGGACCGCUCUGGCCCUGCCCUCUUCUAUGUCUACAGCGAUGGCACCUGCCUGCAGGGGGACAUCUUUUCGGUGGGCUCUGGGUCUCCCUAUGCCUAUGGUGUGCUAGAUGGCGGCUACCGCUACGACAUGAGCACCCAGGAAGCCUAUGCCCUGGCCCGCCGCGCCGUGGCCCACGCCACCCGCCGCGAUGCCUACUCUGGGGGUUCUGUGGACCUCUUCCACGUGCGGGAGACUGGAUGGGAGUAUGUGUCCUGCCAUGAUGCCUGGGUGCUAUACUCCGAACUGCAGAAGCUUCCAGGGCCAGAGAAGGAACAGGAGGAGGAGGCCACCCCUGACAGAGCUGGCGAAGGCAGAGAACCGUCUGUGGGGCUGGCACCUGGGGACUUGAAGGUGCCCACAGAGAGGCUGUGAGCAGCGGCAGGAUCUGGGGGGCCCAGCCCAGGGUGGGAGAUGGGGCUGCAGGGGAAGCAGACUCCCAGCAUUGGGGUCCUGCUCUCCUGGGUUGCUGGCUUCAUUUGUUCCAAGUUUCCAUCCCUUUCUCUUCCCCGAGCUAUUGACCUCUCUGUCCGAUUUGUUCCUAUUGGCGCCCAAUAGAUUGAUCUGGCCUC